AUGCAUUUCUUCAAAUCGCUGUUGUCCAUCCUCGUCAUUGCUGGAGGGCUCGCGAUUACUGCCAGCGCACGGCCGGACUUGCCUCCUGAAUGCAAUGGCUUUGACGAGGGUAGCCUCCCCGAUUCCUGUUUGUCGUGCUGUUAA